CCUAGUGUCCUUAUAUAGGAAGCAGGACGGCGUUUGGGAUCGAGCCAUUUUGUCUUGAAGUGGAGUGGAAACCAGCGACAUGGCUUUGAGUGUGCAACCUGUUCAGUGGACCACUGACUACAAGGACAAAAAUUACGACGGCGUCCUUUUGGUAGCGCAGAACUUUGACGACCUUCCCAGUGAGCUGGAGGGACUGAAAGCUCCUCUGCAGGAUUAUAGUGCUGUGGACAGCGCUCUGACGGACAGUGUGGUCAUCCUGAAGGUUGAUGAUUUGCCAGGACACAGGCUGGUGUUCGCCCCUACAGGACCGCUUAACCGAGACUACGAUGACGUCAGGCGCUUCAGUGACGCCGCCGAGAAAGGCGUUAAGAGGGCUCUGAAGGCAGGCAUGCAGCACCCCCUGCUGGUGUGUCCUCCACACAGCGCUUAUAAGAAGAACACCUUAGCGGCGGUCCUGGGAGCCUUGCAAGCUCUGUACCUGCCCCUGGAGCUGCGGGAGGUGAGGUCAUCUCCUCAUAAAGUGGUUUUAUUGGGUUUGUGGGUGAAGGACAAGCCUCAGGGUGAGCACAUCACCGAGCUCGCCAUGGCUCUGGAGAGCGGAAGGGUAGUGUAUCGGGACAUUGGUGGCUCUGAUCCAGAGCGUAUGGCUGCACCGCGUGCAGCUGAAUACGUGCAGGAAGUUUUCAAGGACACCAACGUGCAGGUGAAGGUGGUGAGUGAUUUGAGGCUGUUGGAGAAGGAGUAUCCGUGUUUGGCUGCAGUUAAUCGCUGUGCUAACACUGUCCCACGCCAUCAGGCCCGAGUGAUUCACCUUGAGUAUUGUGGGGAGGGACCCAUUCAGAAGACCCUUAUGCUAGUGGGCAAGGGCAUCACCUAUGACACCGGUGGAGCCGACAUCAAGGCUGGAGGUUUCAUGGCUGGCAUGCACAGGGAUAAAUGUGGAUCUGCUGCUGUAGCUGGCUUCUUCCAGAUUCUGGCCAGGCUGAAGCCCAAACAGCUGAAGGUUGUAGGUUCCAUGGCGAUGGUGCGCAACAGCGUGGGCUCAGACUGCUACGUGGCUGACGAGCUGAUCGUAUCUCGAGCUGGUCGCAGAGUGCGUGUUGGCAACACUGAUGCCGAGGGACGCAUGGUCAUGGUGGACCUGCUCUGUGAGAUGAAAGAGAAGGCGGUGAAUGAAGUCUCUCCACAUCUCUUCACCAUCGCCACUCUGACCGGUCACGCCAUCAGAGCCAUGGGACCCAAUUACUCCAUCAUUCUGGAUAAUGGAGCUGCACGUCAUGAAGACAACGGCCUAAAGUGGCAGAAAGCGGGUGAGGUCCUGGGCGACAUGUUCGAAGUGUCCACUAUCCGUAGGGAGGAUUACGAGUUCCAUAAAGGGAAGUCUGAGUAUGAGGACAUCCUGCAGUGUAACAACUUGCCCUCCUCUGCCACGCCACGUGGACACCAGACUCCUGCAGCCUUCCUCAUCAUGACCUCCGGCCUGGACCAGCAUGGACUGGACUCUGAGAAGCCUCUCCCCUACUCCCAUAUUGACAUCGCUGGUUCCAGUGGUCCUUUCCCAGGAGUCCCCACUGGUGCCCCUCUUCUCGCCAUGGCAACCAAAUACGUUCUCCAGAACUGACGUGCCUCCUGUGAGAACUGACCCACAUUUUCACUGAUUGAAAACCAAAACCAUUACAUAUUCCGAUUUUAUAUUAGUCUAUUAUUUAAAAAUUAAUUAAUUAAUUAAUUAAUUAAUUAAUAAUAAUAAUAAUCAGACAAUCCUGGGUCAUUCUACAAGUGAAAAGUGUAACGGUUCCAGAUUUGGCAGCUCGUUUGUGGGAAAGCGUUGUGUGACGGUUCUUGUAUCGAUUAUUCCUUUCUAUAUAUAAUUUACUCAGAAUAAAUCUACCUAUCCGUC